UUGGAGGAAAACAAAAAUUUGACUCUCUUCUCUUCCAUCAUUUUUCCCCUCGAUCAAACAACAUGUUAGGCAAAAGGCAAAAGAAAUUCGAAUUUGGUUUGACUGGAAUGAUAUGGUAAAAACAAAAAUUGACUGUUGACUUGUACCAUCUAAUAAAACCCGGCAACCGUCAACUAACGACACAGCAUCCAUAUCAAACUGUCCUAACCUCAGGUGCUCCUUCCCUGCGGUUAGUGAAAUUACAGUUCCUACGGUGCAAAACGAAACUUGCUCUUGUUCCUUCCCCUCCUCAUAUUUUCCAAUACCAUUUUUCACUGUUAACACCAACACACCCAAAAUCUCAAUCUUGUUCAGAUCCCUCAUACCCCUUUUUUCAUUCAAACUAAGGGGGUGACAAGAUGAGUGAGGUCUUCGAAGGGUACGAGCGCCAGUACUGUGAGCUCUCUGCUAAUCUCUCUCGCAAAUGCAGUUCUGCCUCUCUUGUUUCUGGCCAGGAACAGCAGCAGCAGAAGUUGUCUGAGAUUAAAGCGGGACUAGAUGAUGCUGAUGUUCUGAUUCGGAAAAUGGACCUUGAGGCGAGAAGUUUGCAGCCAAGUGUAAAAGCAAUGCUUCUUGCAAAGUUGAGGGAAUACAAAUCUGAUCUAACCAAUUUGAAAAAGGAAUUUAAAAGGCUAACAUCACCUAAUGCUGACGAGGUUGCCCGUGAAGAAUUGUUGGAGACUGGAAUGGCAAAUACACAUUUGGCUUCUGCUGAUCAGAGAGAACGAUUAACAAUGUCUGUGGAGAGAAUAAACCAGUCGGGUGAGAGAAUUAGGGAGAGCCAUAGAACCUUGCUGGAGACUGAAGAACUAGGUGUCAACAUCCUCCAAGAUUUGCACAGUCAGAGAGAGACUCUACUGAACUCCCAUAAAAGGCUUCAUGGGAUAGAUGAUGCUAUCGACAAGAGUAAGAAGGUUUUAACUACCAUGUCACGGAGAAUAACUAGAAACAAAUGGAUCGUUGCAUCCGUGAUUGGAGCUCUUGUUUUUGCUAUAGUGAUUAUUCUUUUUUACAAGCUAUCUCGUUAGCUAAUAUACACAAGUUACAACAGGAUGGAAGCAAUGUUUAAUGCUUUUAUGUGUUUGGUUUAUAUAUAGGAACCAUAUGACAAGUGUGAUGUUAUCAUAUCUCUGCAAUUAUUUCCCCAUUGUUAUUUUAAGAUUGGUAACUUUUCAAUGAUACCUUGCUCUUUAUGCUCUUCAUUAAUGUUUUUCUUUUGAACUGUAAGAGCAUUCACUUAAUGGAAGUAAUUUUGUUCUAGUGUACUCAUUUUAUGA